AGUAGUUUGUAGCAUCAUUGUUACUUGUUCGACCGCCACAUUGGUCCAACUUUAUGCAAAAAUAUUUACUUUUUUAUAAAAAAAAAUUAAUAGGAGUGUCUAUUAAAAUAACUAGAGGUUUGUAAUGGAACAGCUAGUCUAGGCCCGUAUUAAUACAUCUGAAAACAAAACAGGAGUGUGUAGUAAAUUAACUAGAAGUGUAAGGGUUUGUUGCUGCUUAUUUGACCACUAAACCGUCGUAAUUUAUUCCAGAAUUCUAUUUGUAUAGUAUGUCACCUAAUAACAAUGAAUUCAGCCACUCAUCAAUCCACCCCUUUGAAUUAAUAAAAAUCUCAAUGUACUUGUCAGCAACCAUAAUAAAAAUAAACUUGUCACUCAACUUGGCCCUUAAAUUACCAUGUAAAAUUCAAAAAGGUCGGCGAAAUAAUAUAAAAGGGGAAGAAUCCAAUGUUUGAGGUUUCAAUUUGUCACGAUGGCGGAGCCUUUGAGAGCCAUCUUGCAGCUAAACAUUCAAAUUUUUAAAUACCUUCUUUUGUGGCCAAACGCCUCGUUUGGGAGGGCCCUCAAUGUGCUUUUAUUGUAUGGAUAUUUUGCCUUAAAUGUGUUUUUUUGCACGCCAGUUGUUUGGGCGGUUUUAUACCAAGUGUAUGUUGGUAUAGAAGACAUUGACGUCAUGCUAGAAGCCUUAAUAGCUAUCUGUGAUAUCAUGGGGUACCUCAUAGCUUAUGGGUGUUUUUUAAAAAAUAAGGAAAUUAUCGAAAAUAUUAUUAAAGAUAUUAAUAUAUUUUUGAAGUAUUGUCCCUCGAGGGUUGUUAAGGAUACGGACUUAUUGUGCAUCAGUUACACCAAAUAUAUGAUCGUGUAUGUGGCCAUUGGGGUGGCCUUCAAUCUAGUAUGGCCACUGGUUUCUCGUAAUUCUUGUAUUGCCCAAAAAGAUUCCGAAUUUUACUUGAUGCACGACCCUUGUGGCAUGCCAACCCACAAUUUCUACCCUUUCGAUGCCAACCGACCGGAAAUCUUUUGGUUAGUGUAUCUUAUUGAGGGCGUGUACGUCUGCCACAUUUGUUUUGUCUUUUCACUGGUGACUGUCACUAUUAUUGGAUUGAUGAUGCACAUUAAGGCUCAGCUGAAGUGCUGCGGCAAGAAAUUUCAACGUAUCAAUUACAACGGUGACAGGGAGGGGAUUCAGAAAGAGUUUGUGAUUUGCGUGAACUAUCAUCAAGAAAUUCUAGAGUACGCUAAAAGGACCUUCAAUGUCUUCAAAUCGGUGGUAGUAGGUUAUGUUUUAAUUACGUCAUUUGCCACGGCCGUGAUUGGCUAUCAGAUCGUCCAGGCCGAUAAUAUCCAGGAUAGGUUGCGGUAUAUGAUGCUCCUGUUGGCCUGGAUGUUCCUGUUUUUCCUGAUAUGUUUGCAUGCCCAAAAAUUGCAAAACCAGAGUGUCAGUAUUGCCGACUCAGUAUACAACAGUAACUGGUAUAUUAGUUUAAAUGACGUGGAUCUUAAGAGGAAAAUUAUGAUGGUGAUUGCCAGGGCUCAAUAUCCUUUAUAUUUUAAAAUUGAGUAUAUCGGGGUGGUGUCUUUGCUUCGAUUUGUGGCCGUUAUGAAAACUGCUUAUUCGUUUUUCACCUUGCUUUUGACGGCCACUGGGAAAAAGUGAAUCGGAUCGUGUUCUCAAAACGUGCUUCAUCUAAAAAUUGUAAUUAAAUUAAAUAUAUGCACGCAAUAUAGGUUUUCAUUCA